UAACUGAUACACAUUUAUUUAUUUACUUAUGUAAAAAUCAUAAUAAUAUAUUAUGUAAAUUAUCAUACAUCACAAACUUAACAUUUCCAUUUUAAAGUUAAAUAUUAUGUUUUAUAAGAGCGUCAACGUUCGGCGCCGCAAACAGAGCAAUGGCGGCGAGCGGCGCUCGCGCCGGGAACGCCUCUCCCGCUCUCCCGCACAACCAGUCCUGGCUCGCCCGCCAUUACGAUACCACGCGAUCACGCAGCUCGAUGCGCAUGUUAAGUACCUACUUGAUGUAACGACUCGGUGCCCUAAAUAUUAUAAUAUAUAGUGCUUAAUAGUAAUAAGACUUACUAUACAACAUUUUGUAAAGUGUUAAUUAAAUUGAUUGACAAACUUAUUCAAUCGUUUAUUUUAUAGUGUGUGUAACCUCAUAGUUACUACAGUGGUGAAAUCCGACGUGAACAUGGGACCGAAACUGGACGAAUCAAGUGGAAGUGUGCCUUCUGACGAGGCAAGUGCACAACCGCCUGCAUCUGAAAGAAGCUUGGCGAGGGAUACCGGCGAUGUAUUCAGGGUGGGCAUUAAGGUGCCGCCAUUUUGGCCGGAGGAACCGGACAUUUGGUUCGCCCAAAUAGAGGGCCAAUUCGACUUGCAGAAAAUAACAAGUGACUCGACGAAAUUCAAUUAUGUUAUAAGCCACUUAGAUAACCAACAUUCGCGAGCUGUGAAAGAUAUUAUCGUCAAGCCACCUCCAGAGCGAAAAUAUGAAAAGCUGAAAACAGAGUUAAUACGGAGGUUAAGUGACUCGAAGGAAAAGAGGAUCAAACAGCUAAUGAUGCACGAGGAGCUUGGAGAGAGGAAGCCGUCCGAGUUCCUGCGACACCUGCAGGGGCUGGCUGGCGUCAGCGUGGACGACGACUUCAUGAAGAACUUGUGGAUUGGCCGCCUGCCGCACGGGAUCCAGACGGUGCUCGCCGGGCAGCCCAACACUUCGACGUUGGAGGACCUCGCAGACCUGGCCGACCGGGUCAACGACCUGGCCACCGCCGCGCCGAGGGUCGCCGCCGUCAGCAACCCAGUCCCCGGUUCGGCGUUAAGUGAUCUCGCCCGGGAGGUCGCGGAGCUUCGGCGAGAGCUGCGCGAGAUGAAGAUGGGGCACACGAGAGCCCCCAGGUCCCGCGCGUCAUCAUCAUCGCGACGCGACCGCAGCGGCUCUGCCUCUAGACGUCGUUCCCAGUCCAACUACAGGAAGUAUCCAGUGUGCUGGUACCAUAGCAAAUUCGGAGACCAGUCGACCAAGUGCAACCGGCCGUGUGACUACGCCGCGGCGGAAAACGGGAAGGGCGGUCUGUAAAUGCGGCCGACGAUUGCCCUCCACCAUCAAGAGGCCGCCUGUUCGUGACUGACCGAUCUUCGAAGGCGCAGUUCUUGGUCGACACAGGUAGCGACCUCUGCGUCUACCCAAGAGCGUCAACGUUCGGCGCCGCAAACAGAGCAAUGGCGGCGAGCGGCGCUCGCGCCGGGAACGCCUCUCCCGCUCUCCCGCACAACCAGUCCUGGCUCGCCCGCCAUUACGAUACCACGCGAUCACGCAGCUCGAUGCGCAUGUUAAGUACCUACUUGAUGUAACGACUCGGUGCCCUAAAUAUUAUAAUAUAUAGUGCUUAAUAGUAAUAAGACUUACUAUACAACAUUUUGUAAAGUGUUAAUUAAAUUGAUUGACAAACUUAUUCAAUCGUUUAUUUUAUAGUGUGUGUAACCUCA